CGCCGAUGCGGGGGUGGAAACUCGUCGUCGCCCAGGAUCAGCGUCAUCAAGCUGGAGCAUUCAGCACUUCGGCUGUUGCAGCUGCGUACGGAGCGUUGUGGAACUCCCGUCCCCGUCUCUCGCGUACAAUAUGUAAUGCGCACUCUGCGCCAUCUUUGCACUCGACCUGCUUUGCUUUGGCCCAACGGUCUGCUAGCAGUCGUGCGCAAAAGACUAGUGAGCGAGUUCCACGUGCGGCUCCGCAACGACGAAAUCAGCGGAGAUUCGUCAUCAUCUGGCCUGCCUUGCGCGUCUCUUACGACAACUCCCGCCAGGCAGCCUCUUUUCCGAUACCUUGGGUUUUUCUUUCAGUUGUACUGCCCCAGCUUUUCCUGAAGCAGGCCAAUUGACCAGACAUCAUGAGAUUCACUCAUCUGCUUCCUUUGGCAGCCUUGAGCGCCGCCAUCGUGCUUCCAGACGAGCAGGUGUUUGCGGAUCUUGCCGUCCCGAAGCGUCAGCCUUCCGAAUCCCGUCACAAGGAGUCGAAGUCGAUUCUUGACAAGCUACCGUGCCCACACCAUCUCUUCGACGGCCCCAAGUCCUGGAUCGAAAGCUUCAGGAAGCCUCGAAAUCCAAUCGACCAUGCCUUAGAUCACAGCGAGUCUUUCGACGAGGAGAGCCAGGAGAACUUUGUCCGUGGCUUUGACGCCGACGCUUGGUUGGAAGAUGCAAUAAUCUCAGGAUUCCUGGAAGGUGAAGGCCUUGAUAGCCCUUUCGCAGUCGGACCGCAACAUGAUGGCCCGCCGCCGCUGUCUCAUGGGCCACCUCCUUUCGGACCCUCUCCAAGUGAAGGCCCUCCCAAUGAGGGUCCCCCAGGUGAUGGUCCUCCAGGCCGUGGUCCUCCAGGUCAUGGUCCUCCAGGUCAUGGCCCUCCAGGUCAUGGUCCUCCAGGCCAUAAGCCACCACACAAGAAGCCUCAUAAGCCGCAUCCGCCCCAUCAUCAUCACAAGCCAAACAAGACCAUCUUCGAGCUGAUCUCCGAAUCCAAAUAUACUACCAAACUGGCCAAGUUGAUCGCGAAUGACUCGGAGCUCGUUGAAGUCCUGAAUAGUACGAAGGCAAACUACACUCUGUUCGCUCCAACCGACAGCGCGUUCGCAAAGAUUCCAGAGCACGCUCCAAAACCAUCGAAGGAGUUCAUUAGAAAGGCACUUCUAUAUCAUAUCGCACCUGGCUUGUACCCUGCUGGUCGUCUAAUAUUCUCGCACACGGUACCAACGCUCUACAAUGAGACUCUUCUUGGUGACAACCCGCAACGGCUUGUCGCAAAGGGCGGAUUGAGGGGCAUAUCCUUAAAUUUCUAUUCGAAGUUACUAGCAGCUAACAUACCUGCAACGAAUGGUAUCAUUCAUGGCGUCGGCAGCAUCAUUGUUCCUCCUCCAAGGGCCCUGAAGAUCGUCGAGUUGCUGCCUGCCCAGUUCAGUACUCUUCUCCUUGCUCUAGAGAAGACUGGACUCGUAGAAGAACUGGCGGAGGCCAAGUCUGUAGGAGGCACUUUCUUCGUGCCACCAAACGAUGCCUUCAAGAAGCUGGGUCCUCGCAUCAAUGCCUUCCUGUUUUCCAAGUUUGGACAAAAAUAUCUCAAAGCUCUCCUGAAGUAUCACAUUGUCGCCAAUGAGACGCUCUACUCGAACGCUUUCUACGGACCAUCCAAGGCCGAUUUGCGUAUCGAAUCUGAGCAGGAGGCAGGGGCUGACGCUGCUCCUUACCUCCACUAUGAUCUGCCCACUCUACUGGGUGGCAAGAGUCUCGCAAUCGACGUCACUCGGUUUGGGCCAUUUAUCACGUUCAAAAUAAAUGGCUUUGUGCGUGUUGUGGUCUCAGAUGGAGUGGCCAAGGAUGGCGUCCUUCAGGUGGUGAACAAGGUGCUCAUUCCACCCAAGACAUCGCCUGGUGGGGCCGAACUCGAAUAUUGGCAGGGCGAAGAAAUGAGCGUGGACGAAUUCAAGGAACGUUUGGGUCCGUUUGUUGACGGGGAUAUGCACGUUGACCUGUAGAAAACGGAUUGGUGGAAAAGAUUGUCCACAUCUACCUAUCCCGUAACAAAACGGUGUCGCGAAGCUGACACAAGGUUUCAGUCGUUCUAUCUCCGCAUAUGACGGACAAUCUUACUCUCGUUUCUGGCGUUGAGACAUAGUGUAUUAACAGGCAAGACAAUGUUAUGGCACGUUCAUUUGUUCGAUCCGAUAAGAAGAUUCACUUCAUUCAUCAUUCGCUGUCGGUGCUCCAGAGACAACCCAGGCAAAACAUACUAUGCACAACAUUCUCACAACUCUUUCUUGAACAUGGACUAUUGUGGCAUCCCGCUGAAGAAAAAUCAAACCCAAGUAAGAAGAGUGCGCCAUGACCAGAAGCUGCUUAGGAUGUCGAUUCCAAUCCGUAGUACCAAGGUGCAGACCAAGUAUAGUACAAGAGCAAGGGCUGGCAAGUCUACAGAAAUGCAACGCUAGAACGCUUUCAACGGAGAUUGUGAGUCAAGCCAAAUAAUACAGUCCUGUC